CAAUCGGUGCGGGCUUCUCGGCCCAGUCGAUUACUACAUGGGCUUCGCAGUCUUUCUUCCCCUAUUGCUUUUUCGUUGCAGGUUGAAGCGCCAGCUGUGCUGGAGUGCAGCGGCGACGGACAGCAGCAGGGUUUGCCACGCGAUUUGCGCGAUGGAGGAAAGCGAUGACGACACGAUCUGCUUGGGUGAUUCCAUCUUCGUCAACCGCGACUACGAGCUCACGACCUUCACUUUCGGGCGUCAUUCCCUCCGCCUACUAUGUCUUCGCUCCGCUUCCACCGAUUAUGAUCUUACAGGACAAGUUGUGUGGCCUGGUGCAGUUUUGCUAAACAAUUACCUUACAGAGAAUGCCGGAAUGCUCCAUGGAUGUUCAAUUAUAGAGUUAGGAUCUGGAGUUGGAAUCACUGGUAUUUUAUGCAGUAGAUUCUGCCAUGAGAUUGUACUAACUGACCACAAUGUGGAAGUUCUCGAGAUAAUAAGGAAAAAUAUAGAACUUCAGUCAUCAUUAGAUGAUCCAUGUUCUGCUGGAUUAAGUGCUCUGAAAUUAGAAUGGGGAAACAGUGACCAGUUGAGCAAAAUUUUGCAGGAGCACCCUGCAGGAUUUGAUCUUGUUCUUGGCGCUGACAUUUGCUUCCAACAGUCCAGCAUCCCUCCUCUUUUCAGUACUGUAGAGAAGCUUCUGCUUUUUAGGGGUGGCAAGUGCAAAUUUAUACUUGCAUACGUAUCUCGAGCGAAGAAUAUGGACGCGAUGAUUGUCGAUGAAGCUCUCAAGCAUGGAAUGCAGAUCAGUGAAGUGCAAGGUACUAGAUCGGUUAUCGCAAACCUCGAAGGAGUCAUAUUUGAGAUAACCAUGCAAUCUUCUUGACGACUGAUCUGCAAAUGUCCCAAUCUGAUUGUGAACAAGGAGCUACGUGUUUGAUAUUUAAUUGAAUGAUUUGUUUGUUACGAUGUUAAAAAUAUAUUCGAAUUUCAUGAUGGUUUAAUUUUUUUUGUUUUA